CUUCUUCCCCGUCUUCAUUGGAAAUGUCGUCGAAACCUUGAGUCGCCGCGAGACCUCCUCUACUCGAGGACCGAGAGCAUGAACCGGCCUCUCCGCCUCAUCACAAGGACCUCCCGAGCUCUUCUUCCAUUUCGUCGUCCGGCGGCGGGAACUGUCGGGCGAACUCGCGGCUCGCCGGUUCGCGCUUACCAUCCCGCGUCGGCUUCGCCGGAGACCCGAUCGCGAACGCCGGAAUGCGGAAGCACCCUCUUGACGGAGCCACCCGCGGCUCGAACCCGCACGAGCCCGGUGCCGUCUUGGCGCGUCGUCCAAUCCUCUCUGCUGAGUCUCGUCGAGAGUCGCGUCCGUUCGGAUUGGUGGGACUCGUCUUCCCCUCUGUUCCUCCGGUUCGGCGACUUGAUCGAUAGUAAGCUGUGCAGGCACUUGAUAAGACGCUGCACGGGCCAGAGCAAGCACCUUCAUUCGGUUUUCGUGUUCAUCCACAUGCAGAGAGUCGGCGUGCGUCCCGACUCUUUCACGUUCGCCCCGGUCCUCAAGUCCGUCGCGCGGUUGUGCCUCCAAGAGAUGGGGAGAUCCGUGCACGCUUAUGUGGCCAAGGCGAAUUUUGGUGGCGAUGUUUACGUGGGUACUUCGCUCGUUAAUUUCUACAGUUCUUGUUUGUUGAUGGGGGAUGCCCAUAAGGUGUUUGAUGAGAUGGGUGAGAGGAACUCUGUUUCUUGGAAUGCGCUGAUUACUGGUUACACCCAUAAUAGGAAAUUCGUGGAAGCUCUCGAUUUGUUUAGGGACAUGCAGGCUGAUGGGGUCGAACCAACGGAGGUCACGAUGGUGGGGGUCUUAUCAGCUUGUGCUCAUUUGGGGGCUUUGAGUCUCGGAAAGUGGAUUCAUGAGUACAUCGACUGCCAUGGAUUACGUUUGAAUGAGUUUUUGGGUACCGCUCUUGUGGAUAUGUAUGCUAAAUGUGGAGCUGUGAUGGAGAUGGAGAAGGGUUUUAUGGCGAUGAGAGUAAAAAAUGUCUAUACGUGGAAUGUCUUGAUUUCAGGCUUUGCCAUGAAUGGAUGUGGUGAAGCUGCUUUACAGGCUUUCUCUAGGAUGAUAAUGGAGAAUCUGAAGCCAGAUGGUGUCACAUUUUUGGGCAUAUUGUGCGCUUGUUGUCACGAAGGUCUUGUUGACGAAGGGAAGAGGUACUUCAGGAUCAUGAAGGAGGAGUUUGGAUUGUGUCCGGGACUUGAGCAUUAUGGAUGUAUGGUAGAUUUACUUGGUCAAGCUGGAUUGUUUAGUGAAACUCUAUGUAUAAUCCAAAAGAUGGACUUGAAACCAGAUCCAAUCAUUUGGAGGACUCUGCUAGGUGCUUGCCGAACCCAUCGUAAUGUUCCAUUGGGCAGGUAUGCUGCGAGGAAGCUCCUUGAGUUGGAGCCCACAAAUGCGGAAAAUUAUGUUUUGCUCUCGAACAUAUAUGCUCAGGAUUCUAUGUGGGAUGAAAUAGCGAAAUUGAGGGCAGUGAUGAACCAAAAAGGAAUUGCCAAAGUGGCUGGAUGCAGCUCAAUUGAAAUUGGAAAUGCAGUUUAUGAGUUUAUUGCAGCAGAUUGUCUAAAACCAGAGGUAUGUGACUUGCUAGAGGACAUAAGGAAGGAACUGAAGCAGGUUGGUUAUGCUGCAAAUACUGGCUUGGCCUUGUAUGACAUUCAGGAAGAGGAAAAGGAAAGUUCCGUUGCAUUUCACAGUGAGAAAAUUGCUUUGGCAUUUGGCCUUACGAAAUCUCCUCCUGGAUCAACUAUAAGAAUAGUUAAGAAUCUUAGAGUCUGUCAAGACUGCCAUGUCUUCUUUAAGCUAGUGUCAUUGCUGUAUAAGAGGGAGAUCAGCCUUCGAGACAGAAAUCAGUUCCAUCAUUUUGCCGGAGGCUCAUGUUCCUGCAGAGAUCACUGGUGAUACCACCCGUUACAGCUGAUGUCAGAAAGUGCUUGCUCUUGUGUCCACCUCUUUUUUCCCAGGAAAUUUGGUGGGAAUUUGUAAAUGGAGCUUAACCUAUUGUCAUCAUAAAUUUACACCAGAUGUAUUUUUCGGAAAGUGGAAUUCAUAGAGGCUUCAGUGAGGGGUUAGUAGCUGAGUCUGGUCCUUGUCUUCAAUAUAAAGUUCAUUGAACCUGCUUGAACUAUCUGGAGCUUCUUCCAUUUGCACUGAAUCUGGUUUAUGCUUGUGGGUUCAUAACAGGCUGUGAGGACUUGAAGUGAAGAUAUUUUGCUCUUUUGCAGAGAUGAGAUGAAGAUUGUGAACUUAUUGCUCCCUUUCAGAAUGUGUCCAUCCCUCAGCCCUCUCGGAGGACUUGUUCUUCUUGUCCCACAGGUUCUUGGUCGAGGGGCUCAUUGACAGGAGCAGAGGAAAGAAGCCAUUUUGAAGAAGUAUUUCACUCGCAAGGUUUAGGGGUAAGGGGAUUGUGUGGAGAUGAGAAGUUUCAAGUUGGUCGAGAAAGUUGUAUUUGAACUUCUUACAAUGCAUGCAUGGAGUUAUAGGGUAUGAGACGAGACACAGGAUCAUGGGAACUUCUGAACUGCUGGACUAAGAGAGACAAAUUACAUCUGCAUGUCCUCUCAUUCCCCAAUUCGUGUCGAUCUUGUGAGGCAAUGGCAUCGGAGUCUCUUCCCAACGGAAAAUACUUUUUAGGACUCAGUCCAUGAUGUACCGGAUCAAACACAGUGACUAUCAUGCAUCGCGGGGCGACUUGAGUCCGGGCAAGACUUUCUUCUCUGCAGUUCCCACCCCUCCAGGCUGUUUGCCUCGUGAAUCCGGGCACCGAGAAAAGACGGGACAGAAGAAAUGGCUGACAAAGUGACCACGCCAUAAGCCAGUUCACAUGAGUCAUCUCAGUCAAGGCAAAUCAAGUGCUAUUUGUCUGCUCUGUCUUGAAGUUACAAAGCCGCAUCUCAAAAAGACACUUUUUGGUUGGUAUUCCGUUAAUGCAGCUAAUCUCCGGUAGAGAAAUAGCACCUAGUUAUUGUCUCCAAGAGGAAGCAGCAUUCUCCAAAGGGAAAUAAGAAUAUCUCAUUAUCUGUUUGAUUUUGUUUAUGAUACUAAUUAUCGAUGAAUUACGAAAUGAACAUAUUCGAGGAUUCCCAAUUGGAUAUGGGAAAAAAUAGGAAUUGCCCCAGAGAUUUGUAAUUUCUAUUCGAUCAGGGCAUCAUUGCAGAUGAUAUACUCCAAAGUUUUUUGCCUUGUCGAAUGAUAAUCUUGUAAUGAGAGGGGGACAA